AUGCAGGCCAUCAACCGCGUGCUCCGCCAAGGGGUAAGGCCUUCAUCCUCGUCAAGGAGUGCGAUUCCAAUUGUUUUGCCAGACUGGUGUGAGAAAGGGACAAGUCUAGUGUACAUAUCCAAAAGUAAUGGGCAAGCCCACACUGUCACAGUUGAAAAGAUCGAGGAGAGACAGCAGAUGGUUGUCAUCCGCUUCGACUCCAAUCGAAAAGUAUGGAAACGCGUACCGCCGAUUGGGUUGCAGCAAAUGCCAGGCUGCAAUGCAGGGGGUGUGCUGGAAAUUGGGAGUGAACUACAACCCUUGUAUGGUGGCAUGGUGUCUCUGCAUGUUAAUCACCAUAUUGUUCCAUGCUAA